ACGUCGUCUGGGGGAGGGCGGGUCUUGUUGCCCCGGAAGCUCGUGGCUUCCGGUCGGGUCCCGCGGAUUCCUAGCGGUGUAGCUGGCUCCCACCCGACUCCCCGGGUCCGGAGACGAUGUUUUACCACAUCUCCCUGGAGCACGAGAUCCUGCUGCACCCGCGCUACUUCGGACCCAACCUGCUCAACACGGUCAAGCAGAAGCUGUUCACCGAGGUGGAGGGCACGUGCACGGGCAAGUAUGGUUUUGUGAUUGCUGUCACAACCAUUGACAACAUUGGGGCUGGGGUCAUCCAGCCUGGCCGGGGAUUUGUGUUGUACCCUGUCAAGUACAAAGCUAUUGUCUUCCGUCCCUUCAAGGGGGAGGUCGUGGAUGCUGUUGUCACCCAGGUCAACAAGGUGGGACUCUUCACAGAGAUUGGGCCCAUGUCUUGCUUCAUCUCUCGCCAUUCCAUCCCCUCUGAGAUGGAAUUUGAUCCCAACUCUAACCCUCCAUGUUAUAAAACAGUGGAUGAGGACAUUGUGAUUCAGCAGGAUGACGAAAUCCGCCUAAAGAUUGUGGGAACCCGGGUGGAUAAGAACGAUAUUUUUGCUAUUGGCUCCCUGAUGGAUGACUACCUGGGUCUUGUAAGCUGAAUGGAGAGUCCUCUCCUUGUUUCAUUUUGGUCUUCAGUGAGGUGGGAUAGGCCGGCUCUGUGUCCCCCAGACUGGGCCCUGCUGCUCUUUGGAAGCUGGAGGGAAGGAGGUUCUUUGUGUCUGGGAGACCUCUGGCCUUUGCUGAUCCAUCUCAGAUGUCUAUUAGCUUCUUCUAACUCAGAUUCUUGGGGCAGCCCCGUGCCUCACCCUGGAUGGUAACAGGCAUUAACUUAAUAAACAUUGUCCCAUUUUAUUGACUCUUU